GGCAGCAGGUGAGACUGCAGGUGUGACUGCAGGCUUCACUCUCCUCAGAUCCUUUGUGUGCUCUCCAUGUGGCUGUGACUGUUUAAUUCCCUGUGGCUCCGGAAAAAAGAAUGAAAAGUUGACUCUGAUACAAAGUGUUGCGGCUGGUGGGGUCCUCCAUUCACCGGUGUGGUUGGGGUGCUGGGAGUUCACUCUAGAUGGUGAUAUGCAGAAAGUCCUCAAAUACUAGUCCUACUUGCUGUACAGGGGUGAUGGAAAUCUGCUGUGGUCUACUUACUUACCAAAAGGAAUCAGUUCCUCUAAAGAGCAUUGAGGUGGAGGUGGAGGUGAGGGACCAUGUGGCUACAGUGGUCUCCACUCUGAACUAUGAGAACAAGGAGGACAAACCAAUAGAGGCAUUAUUUGUCUUCCCUCUGCCUGGAGAUGCUGCUGUCUGUCAUUUCAGUGCUAAGAUUGGACAAAAAGAGAUUGUAGCUGAGGUGAAGGAGAAACAGAAGGCUCGAGAGGAGUAUGAUGAUGCACUGAGCUCCGGUCAGCAGGCCUUCCUGUUGGAGGAGAGUGAGCAGAGUCCAGAUAUAUUCUCUCUGAGUGUGGGCAGUCUGCCUCCAGGAGAGAGCGCCUCCAUCAGGCUGGAGUACGUCACUGAGCUGGCUGUGCAGGCUGAUGACGGGCUGAGGUUUUGUCUGCCUGCUGUGCUCAACCCUCGCUACCAACCUGAGGGUAGUGAAGGUGCCAGUGUCCAGGUGAUCUGUGUUCCAGCCUCUCUGGUUCCCUACAGUCUGUCUUUCUCUGCCCGACUGUCCUCUCCUCGUCCAGUCUCUAAAGUAGAGUCUAACUGUUCCCUGGAUCCUCUCCAGUACCUCAACACAGAGCAAACCCAGGCCACGGUCAAGUUGGCCGCAGGACACAAGUUUGACAGAGAUGUUGAACUGCUGAUUUAUUACAAAGAUGCCCACCAGCCCACUGCUGUGGUGGAGGCAGGACAGGCGUCUGCCAAGCCUGGCACUCUGAUGGGUGAUCCAGUAGUGAUGCUGAGCCUGUACCCUGAGUUCCCCCAGGCUGUGAUGUCUUCAGUCGCCUCAUGUGGAGAGUUUGUGCUCUUAUUGGAUCGAUCUAGCAGUAUGUCGGGGUCAUGUAUGAAGAGUGCCAAGGAUACUCUGCUGCUCCUGUUGAAGAGCUUACCAAUGGGCUGCUAUUUCAACAUCUACAGUUUCGGGUCCUGCUAUGAACACAUCUUCCCUAAGAGUGUGGAGUACAGCCAGAAGACCCUGGAAGAGGCUCUGAAAAACGUUGAAGUGAUGGACGCUGAUCUGGGAGGAACAGAGAUCCUUCAGCCCCUUGAACAUAUUUACAGCCAGCCAACCAUUCCCAAUCAACCUAGACAACUGUUUGUCUUUACAGACGGAGAGGUGGGGAACACCAAACAAGUCAUCAAUCUGGUGAAGAAGAAUUCAGGUUCCCACAGGUGUUUCUCUUUUGGAAUUGGGGAAGGGGCCAGCUCUGCUCUUAUCAACGGGUUGGCCAAGGAAGGAGGAGGUCACGCUCAGUUCAUCACAGGGAAAGAGAGGAUGCAGCCUAAAGUGAUGCAAUCACUGCGAUUUGCUCUCCAGCCAGCUGUGGUGGACGUCUCAGUCGAGUGGGAUGUGCCAGAGGGAGUUUCUGUUGGUGCUCUCUGCCCACCAAUCACAACACUUUUCCAGGGUCAAAGGUCGCUGAUUUACGCCCAGCUUACUGGACAGAGUUCAGAGGCAGCAGAGGGCUGUGUGACGGUAAAGUACAGCCUUGCAGGUCAUCCCUGUCAGAACCAGCUUCACUUCAGUCUCACACCUGCAGAUGACACUGGAUUAACAGUUCACAGGUUGGCUGCUUGGACUCUGAUCCGCUCCCUGGAAGUCAAGGAGGAAAAGGAAGGAGGAGAUGAGGAAGUGAAGAAGACGGUGGUGGAGCUCAGUGUCCAAUCAGGAGUGAGCAGUGCCUUCACUGCCUUUGUUGCUGUCAACAAAGGCAACGGUGAGGCGAUUCAGGGACCUAUGGCUAUUGUAAAUGUCCCCAGUGAGUUUUAUACUGACAGCAAAAGAAUAAUGAAUGUGUUUUACAAUGCUUUUAUAUUGAUUUUGUUUGUUAACCAGGGUUGAUUCUUCAGUGCUCAAUACUUGUGUUUUUUAAUGCCCAAAUGUGCCUUGGAUGAAAUUCUCCAGAUUUAAUGGUCUA